AACGCAGCAAGGACAUCAUGAGCGUAAAGUGCCUGCUCUGCACGGAAUUCAUCGCAGCCAAACAGGCGAUAAGUCUGCAGGAUCAAUUCGGCGAUGUUUCCGUUGCUGAGGCCUUGGCCACAUUCGUAAACAUGGAGAUAGUAAUAGGAAACUAUUUUCUCUGCUUAAACGUGUGCUACAAGCGAUUGGUGGAUGGAGUGGAUUUGCAAAAAUCUAUAAAAGCGGUCUUUGAACAAAUCUCGCUACAAGCCGGACCGUUUCUGUUGGAAUCGAUGAGUGAGGACGUCGGAUUUGAUGCCAAGCAAGAUGCGACAAAAACCACAAUGGAAAAGUCUUUGCUCGACAUUGAAAUACUGCCCGGAAAAGCAAACCCUACGACACCCUCAGACAGCGGGGAAGCUUUCGUUCCGCCUGACCAAAGCCUUAUCAUAACUCAUAUGAAGUUUAAUAAUUUUGAUUACCUGGAGCUGAGCGGCAGAAAUUGCUGUGGCUGUGAGUUUAUGUCUUCAAGCCUAAAAGAAUUGGCACUACAUGGGCAGGAAGUUCACAAUCGUCAGUCCACCGAACAGGACAAUGAAGCCAUCGUUUGCACCAUCUGUAGGCGACGGUUCAAUAACAGAGAGCAGCUGCAAUCGCACAAUAACCGACCUCCCAUUGUGAGGGAAGUUUUUGUCUGUAAAAGCUGCAUGAACGGUUUUGGAACAAAAGAAAGUUUAACUAGUCACAUGACGCUAUGCCCUUCCAAGUAUCGAGAUGAAAGCCGAGAUAAAAUCGUAACUAUCGCUGAUUACGAUGACGAUGAGUUGGAGAUGGCAGACUUGAACGAUGCACAAAUUGGAAGGCCAAUUCAACCACUGGAUGGUAAAUUUGUUACAUGUCAGGAAGAGUUUGAUGAUUAUUACAUUCAACAUACCGAGGCGAAACGAUGCUGCGGCUGUGGGCUUUUCUUCCAGAACGACCAAGAACUGAUGGAUCAUGCUACCAAGGCACACCGUACUGCCCCAACAGUUGAGCCUGGUAAAUUCCAAAACCGAUGGUCUUGCAACGUUUGCCAGGGGGUUUUCCCAUCGCAAACAUCGCUCAAACGGCACAUGUGGGCAAACCGGAGCAUUCGGAAAAUUUACCACUGUAAGCUGUGCAACCUCCCAUUCAUUCGGCUCUGGCAUUUGGCGCAACAUUUUUAUGGCUCAAAAAAGCAUCAAAACAGCAAAUCUCCAGCAAAGGAUGGAAAAACAGAGGACAAUAAGAUGAAGGCGAUUCUGAAAAGGCUUGGCGCUUCGCGUGACAAAAUGUCGACAGAGCGUGGCUGUUGCUUUCUGCGAUGUAGUGCUUCGUUCGGUACGCAUAAGCAGUUGCUCGAUCAUGUAGAGGAACAGCAUGCGGUACGGCGUCGAAUUCACGGCAGUGAGCGUACGUCCCACGAUUUCGUGUGCGAGGUAUGUCAGCUCGGGUUUUGUAAGGAAAAGAAUCUGAUAGCCCAUCAGAAUAGAUUUUCCUUGAAAAAAGCAAACAUUUGUACUUUCUGCGGAAAAGGCUUCAAGCACCCUAGCGGACUGGAGGAGCACAUCCUUAUCGAGCACAGUGACGUGCCCCCCCGAUUCGAAUGUGAUCAGUGUGGCAAAAUAUUCAAAAAGAAAUCCCUCAUAAAGCUGCACAUGGUGACGCACCAGCGGAACCGAGAAUUUACCUGUGACCAGUGCGAUCGUCAAUUCCAUUUCCGAUAUCAAUUGAAGCAGCAUAAUCGCACGGUGCACGCCACCGAGUUUCCAUACGAGUGCACCUACUGUGAUCGAAAGCUGCCGGACAAAGGGCGUUAUGAUGUGCACAUGCGGAGCCAUACCGGCGAGAAACCAUACGGCUGCCGGUUCGAGUGUGAUCGGUCCUUCACGAACUCGACGGAUCGCCGCCGUCACGAGAUGGUUGCGCAUACCGGAGAAAGGCCUCACCACUGUCCCACUUGCAAAGUGAGCUACGCACGUCAUCGAAGCUUGCAGCAGCACUUCCAGAAAAACCCCAAUCAUAAACUCGCACCCGCUGAUCAGGAGGAACGUAAAGCGAGUAAGGAGUAAAAUUCCAAUAAAGUUCAC